AGUAACUGCGGAAGAUGAGCGCGCCUUACAGAUCCUCGAACAAACUACCCACUAUGCCAAUAAUCGAUACGAAUCGGGUCUGUUAUGGAAAUACGACGAUUUUGAAUUUCCUGACAGCUACCCUAUGGCUGUCAAGCGGUUCGAAUGUCUGGAGCGCAGAUUGGCCAAAGAUCCAACACUCAACGAAAAUGUUCGGAAGCAGAUCCACGAGUACGAACAAAAGGGGUACGCACACCGCGCGUCACCUGAGGAGCUGAACACCGCUGACCUUCGUCGCGUGUGGUAUUUGCCGCUGGGAGCCGUUACCAACCCUAGAAAACCCGGAAAGGUGCGACUCAUCUGGGACGCCUCAGCAAAAGUUGAUGGCGUCUCUUUAAACAGUAUGCUACUGAAAGGGCCCGAUCAGAUGACACUUCUACCUGCGGUACUUUUCCGGUUCCGGCAGUAUCCAGUCGCCGUAAGCGCCGACAUCAAGGAAAUGUUCCAUCAGGUACGAAUUCGGCCAGAAGAUCGACAUUCUCAACGGUUUGUGUAUCGAGCUGACCCAACGGCGCCGCUGGAAACGUACCUGAUGGAUGUGGCCACUUUCGGAUCAACUUGCUCCCCCGCUACAGCGCAAUUCGUGAAGAAUACGAACGCCAACCGAUUCACACAGGAAUAUCCCAGGGCAGUUGAAGGAAUCAUCCACAACCACUACGUGGAUGACUACCUUGACAGCUUUGCUACUACUGAAGAAGCUGCUCAAGUCGCGUCACGGGUAAAAGAGAUCCAUCAACAUGGUGGAUUCGAGAUCAGAAAUUGGUGCAGUAACCAACGAGUCGUCUUGGAACAACUUGGAGAGGUCAAGAAACAAACCGUCAUCGAUCUUACCUCCGGUACCGAUAAACAGUCGGAACGGGUCCUUGGAAUUAUGUGGGAUACACAAGAUGACGAAUUCCGAUUCAGCACUUCUUUGCCCGACGAUAUAACCCACCUGCGAAUGCUUGACACCAAACCGACUAAACGGCAACUGGCGCGGUGCGUCAUGUCGUUUUUCGAUCCUCAAGGGUUUUUGGCGCCAUACCUGAUAUUCGGGAAAGUUCUGCUACAAGACACCUGGCGCGAAGGAAUUGGUUGGGAUGAACAGAUUUGCGAUGGAACGUUCGAGCGAUGGAAGCACUGGCUAGAGAUGCUGGACAUAAUCAACCAAGUGAACAUACCGAGAUGCUACUUCUCCAUGGGUGAUCUUACAACUCUGGACAUCCACACGUUCGUGGACGCAAGCGAAAUAGCGUAUUCGUGUGCUUCGUAUUUCCGGAUAGCGAAUCCCUACGGACCAGCAGAGGUGGCAUUCGUAGCAGCGAAGACCAAGGUAGCUCCCGUCAAACCAACAACCAUUCCCCGUCUGGAACUCAUGGCUUGCGUACUCGGAGUACGGCUAGCCAAAUUCGUGGUCGAUGGACAUUCUCUUCCAGUUCGGAAACAAUUCUUCUGGAGUGACUCCGAGGUCGCAAUGAGUUGGAUUAACGCGGAUCCCCGGAAGUAUCGUCCUUUUGUUGCUUUCCGAGUAGGCGAAAUUUUGGAAAAAUCUAACCGCGAGGAAUGGCGCUGGGUGUCAUCCAAGCUAAACCCGGCCGACGAAGCAACCAAGUGGGGAUCAGGACCGUACUUCGACAAGAACAGUAUUUGGUACAGCGGACCUGAAUUUCUUCGUCACUCUGAACUCCAAUGGCCACCGAGGAAAACCUACGAUAAGGUGACGGACGAUAUACGCGUCUGCUAUGCUCAUCGCAAUCUAGAAAUACCAGAGCAAUUGCUGGACGUCGAAAGGUUCUCUUCAUGGAAAAGGAUGUUACGUGUGAUGGCCUAUGUUUGCCGAUUCGUGAACAAUUGUCGAACGUCAAAUACUGGUCAAGAGCGGAAAAUCGAUCACCUGACGCAGUUGGAGUUGCAGAAAGCUGAGGAAUGCUUAUUUCGAGCUGUGCAAUGGGAUUCGUACGCGGACGAACUAGUUAUUCUGACCAAGAACCAACGCCUACCAGUGCAGAAGCGCCAACCAUUGGAAAAGACAAGCGCUCUCUACAAAAUAUCGCCGAUACUAGACGCAGCGGGAGUUUUGCGGAUGGACAGCAGGAUUAGUGCAGCUCAACGUAUCCCUGCUGAAAUGAAAUUCCCUGUCAUCUUGCCGAAGCGACAUCGCUUGACCAUGUUGCUUCUGAAGGAUCUUCAUUGCAAGUUGUUGCACGCCAACAAUGAAGCUGUCGUCAAUGAAGCACGGCAACGCUAUUACAUAGCGCAUCUACGGACACAAGUACGACGAGUGUCGAAGGAAUGUCAGAUGUGUAAGAUACGCAAUGCGCAGCCAUCAAUACCGCGAAUGGCUCCCCUUCCAAGUGCUAGGCUAUCCUCUUACGUUCGUCCUUUCACUUACUGUGGUCUCGACUACUUUGGACCCCUGUUGGUGAAGGUCAACAGAAGUCAUGUCAAGCGUUGGGUGGCUAUAUUCACAUGCCUGACAAUACGGGCCGUUCAUGUGGAAGUUAUCCACACGCUUUCAACCGAAUCAUGUAUCAAAGGGGUACGCAGGUUCAUCUCUCGCCGGGGAAGUCCCGCCGAAAUCUACAGCGACAACGCUACUUGUUUCCAUGGCGCCGACCGUCUUCUGAGGGAGCAGAUCAACAAAGGACUUGCUGCGGAGUUCACCAGCACCCAAACCUCAUGGAAGUUUAUUCCUCCAGGCACUCCACACAUGGGGGGAGCCUGGGAGAGACUGGUGAGAUCGAUUAAGGUUGCUCUGGCCACACUCCAAGACGGUAGCCAGAAAUUGGACGACGAGUCUUUACUGACUUUUUUGGCGGAAGCAGAAGGUAUCGUCAACUGCAGACCACUCACAUACCUACCUCUGGACUCGAUCGAGCAAGAGGCCUUAACCCUGAAUCAUUUUUUGUUGGGCAGUUCUUCGGGGGUUCGUUUACCAAUUGUGCAGACAGACAACGAAGUAUCUCUUUUGAAAGGUUCGUGGACAGCCAUUCAGAAAUAUCUGGACAUCUUUUGGAGACGCUGGACUAGGGAAUAUCUCCCAACUCUAACAAAACGCACGAAAUGGUUUGGCGAUGUGAAACCUGUCCAACCCGGGGACCUGGUCCUGAUAAUUGAUGACACCAAGCGCAACGGAUGGAUACGUGGACGGGUACUAGAGGUAUUAACAGCCAAGGAUGGACGAGUACGCCAAGCUAUUGUGCAGACUGCUGGAAGUGCACCUGCUAGGAAACCCAUUUCAAAAUUGGCGGUUCUGGAGGUAUUCAAGGAUGCUGGAACCAAGGACAUCAUAGGUUCCACCAGGGGGGAGGAUGUUGCGAAACUGGCAACCCAGUCAGGGCGAAAUCGGAAUGAGCGAAUCCUUGACAGAUCCGAAGAAUGACAUCAGGAACGUCAGGUGGAGAUUUAGGCAAACAGUACCUAGAUGAAUCGAUGCGAUGACGUGGUGAUUUCUAGUGCUUCGUACAGAAUUUGUAUUCGAUGAAAAUUGCUGAAUUUGUAUUUGAUAUUUGCUGAUAAUUUUGAUAUGUGCUCUGGAAUAGUGGCAGGUCAAUAGCUACCACAUAUCACCUUCUGAAAUCUAACCUACAACUUUGGGUACAUAGGAGUGUUUUUUGAGAAUUUAUAGUUGUCCAGCCAAUUUUAUAAGUAAGAAUUAUACCCCUUCCGUCCUAAAUUCUUUUGCAAUAGUUAACUCAAUUAUUCAUCCAUAGUUCGUAUAGGCGAAGACAGCGACAUUGUUGGGAAUACGGUUUGAUUUUGAUAUACGCACUGAAAUUGUAAGUGAGCACUUUACCCAUAGUUUAAACCCCACUCAUUAAUAAAAUU